AUGGAAGCUUCUAGCAAAUCUGAGCAAAGCAUCGAUGAUGUUUGUGAUUUGUGGUCGAAUGACGGGCGUGAAUCCAAUCAAUUUCAAAGUCUUGUCCAUACCGGUGUACGUCCAUAUGCAGUAAGAAAUGCUGGUACAUACUCAAAAGUAAAAGUGACAAAUUGGAAUGAUUGUAUUAGUCAAUGUUGUAAAUUUCAAGAAUGCAAUGUUGCCUACUGGAUCCAUCAUACUUGCUUGCAUAUUAAAUGUUUAUCGGACGAGAUGUGUAAACCGACUAAAAUAGACAGUGAUGAUAGCGAUGAUGAUAUACUCUAUUUGCAAGUACGAUAUAUCGAUUCACAACCUACUUCAUUGUAUUUGGAUGAUUCUGGUAUUAAUACAUGUAGUGAAACAUUGACAUGUCCGAAAAAUGAACAGUGUGAAAAAGUACAAGUGCGUCCUGAUCUCGAAAGAAAUCUAUGUUUAUGCAAGGAGAAUUAUCGACGCAUCAAUGGUGUGUGUCGUCAGUAUGUUUCUAAUAUUCGCUCGUGUCAUUUGCAUGAUGUUGAUGCAUGCAAUGAAAACGAAGAAUGCAUGAAGUCAAAUGUUCGUUCUAAAUACGGUUAUUGCCGAUGUAAAUUGGGUUUUAUUCGAACAGAUAAAGAUGUAUGCAUUCGAGAAGAACAAGAAUCAAGAAAACUAAUAUCAAGGAAUAAAUCAUCGUCAACAUCUGCUUUCUCAGUGAGUCCUCAGUUUAUUGUGAAUGCUGGUGAUGAUCAAACGUUGAUAUUACCAACAACGGGGGAAACUGUAAUUCGUGGACGCGUAUUAUUUCAAUCCAAUAAAAGUGAAAUAUCUAUUCAGGAUUUAUCAAAAGUAAAUGGAAAUUUUGUACUGAAAUGGUCAUUUAAACCAUCGUCAAAUACUGAAGCUCCAAUAUUUGAUCAAACAAAUGAAUUACUCAAAAUUAAACGUUUUAAAGAUAGUGGCGUAUAUGAAUUUGAACUGAAAUUAUUUGAUAAAGAAUUCUUAGAUCAUGUUAUAGCAAUAGAUACAGUGAAGAUAAUGGUCUUGACUACUCUAACAACUACGUUACCAUUUUUACUCACUGUCCGGUCACCCGAAUUUAUUUAUUUACCUCAAAGUGUUGUGUAUUUAUAUGCAAAUGUAUCAUCAGAUCGAAAAACGAAAUACGAAUGGAAAUAUAUGGAAGAUGGUCCAAUAAUACCGACAAUGGAGGGUACUGACACAUCUCAGUUAAUAUUGCAUGAUCUUCGACCUGGAAAUUAUACAUUUCGCAUUCAUGUUUAUGAUGAUAUUGGCAAUGAGCAAUCAAAACUUAUUCAAAUAAUUGUAGAUGGAGUACCGGUCUGUGCAAAAAGUAUUAAACAUAAACAAGUUGUAUUUUGGCCAUCAAGCGAAACAAUACUGGAUGGUACACCAAGUAUUUUAGAAUCAUUUACACAAUGUAAGUGGACGUUAAUUGAAUAUAAUGGGAAAUUCGGUGAUAGUAGUGAAGAUAUUCAAAUUAUUCAACCUCAAUCAUUGAAAACAUCUGUAUACAAUCUUCAUAUUGGACAAUAUAAAUUUCAAUUAGAACUUAUUACAAAAGAUAAAAAAUAUACAUCAAAAGAUUAUGUCAAUGUUAUUGUCUACGCACAAAAUGGUCAACCACCAAAAAUUCAAAUUCUAACAAAACAACGUGUAAAUAUUUUAAAUAAUUUGAUUGUCAUCGAUGCAUCAAAAACAGAAGCCGAUUAUGGCAUUGCCAGUUGGAAAUGGACAAGAACGGCAGAGAGUCCAGCAACAGGGAGAUUUAUUAAUAAUUCUGAUGCAUCUCCCAUCGCUAUCUUAACACAGUUACAUGUUGGUCUGUACACAUUUGUUCUUCACGUCACUGAUGAUCGUUCUCAAUUAUCGUCAAAAUCGGUGAAUAUUACGGUUGAACCACUGGAUGAAAAUGGCAAGAAUUUGUUUCAAAUUCGAUUUCAAACACAGAACAAUGUCUUAUUUACCGAACAAAUGUUAAAUAAUUUACUUACAAAACUUGAUGCAUUUCUAAGUGAUUUACAACCACAAUUAAACUUAACGGUACUGUCUGUGGAUGAUGACCAACUGCUGUUAAAAACUAGUGGAACAAAUGGAGUGGCUUCAAGACCACAACUCGUUGUUAACCAUUUACGUCCAAAAGUAAAAUUGAUUAAUAAAUUACUUACAAAUAUUAAAAUUUUGAACAUUGACACUUAUUUGUGUGUAUAUGAUUGCUCAGGACAUGGAAAAUGUGAUAGAAAAACGAAACAAUGUCAUUGUGAUAAGUAUUAUAUGGAAAACUGGUAUAAAAAACAAUUUCAAUAUAUACCCAAUUGCGGUAAUUCCAAAUUAAAAAAUAUAAAUACAUCGAAUUCUGAUGAGAUGACCGACCAAGAUGAAGAAACAUUGUAUAAUAAACCGUUACUAACGUCAAGUUCGAAUAGUCCGGCCAUUUCAAAAACAUUUUUAUCGAAAGUCUCAUCAAAACUUCCACUAUCAAUUGCUGUACAAGAUAGUAAUGGAAGUCCUAUGGUUGUCGCUGCAGACAGAAGAAAUGAACAAGAUCAAGCACAAAUAUCAAACGAAGUACCUGAACAACCUGUUAUAUCGUCUGUAUCUGGUUGUGUAUAUGAAAAACGUCUCAUUACAAAAUAUAUUCGUGAAUCAGGAACAGAUCCAAUGAACGGACAAACAUUGACAGAAGAUCAAUUGAUCGAUGUUAAAGUCACACCAAUUGGGAAACCGAGACCGCCAUCGGCUACAUCUAUACCAGCUAUAUUAAAAAUGUUACAAGAUGAAUGGGAUGCUGUUAUGUUACAUAGUUUUACUUUACGUCAACAACUUCAAACAGCAAGGCAAGAGCUUUCACAUGUGAUGUAUCAACACGAUGCUGCUUGUCGAGUGAUAGCACGAUUAAACAAAGAAGUAACAGCAGCACGAGAAGCACUUGCCACAUUGAAACCACAAGCAGGUGUUAGCGGUCAAAACGCAAUUCAACCGGUAAGUAGUUAA